CUGCAUCAGCGAUCAGUUUCCUCCCAUUUCCUCUCUCCAACUCAACAAUUGCCACACGUACAGUUUGUACAAGUUAUGAGAUGGAACUUGCCAUAUCUGCAGUAACAGGUGAGCUUGUGAGCCGAUUCAUCACCUUCCUCACCAACAGGUAUUCAUGCCAUGCAUGCUCUGACGAGAAGCGUCUGGAGAGGCUGCAGCAACUGCUCCUGAGAGCUCGCACCGUCGUCGAGGAGGCGGACGGGCGCUACAUCACCAAUUCCGGGAUGCUGGCACAGCUCAAGAUGCUCGCGGACGCCAUGUACCGAGGAUACUGGGCGAUGGGCGCGUUCAAGUACCGAUCCCUCAAGGAGACUCCCAUGGCGGAUGAGGAGGAGGAGGAGGAGGAGGUUAGCAGCUCAUCAUCUCGUCUCAAACGUUCUCGUAUAAUUCAUGGGACUGCUAGAAAACACAAGGAAAGACACCUCAUGGAGUUUCAUGCUGCACUUGAAAGCCUAGAAAUUGCGGUUGCCAACAUCACAGAGUUUGUUGUGAUUUUGAGUGGAUGCGACCGUAUGGUGCGCAGACCAUAUGAUACAUAUCUUUACACUGACAACUUUGUGUUUGGUCGCCAUUCCGAAAAGCAAAUGAUCUUGAGCUUCCUCUUGCAACACAGCCCUGCUGCUGCCGCGCCAGCCGUUCUUCCAAUCAUCGGCGGGCUUGCGGUGGGGAAGAAAACUUUGGUUGCGCAUGUAUGCAAGGAUGAGAGGGUUUGCUCGCACUUCUCUUCAAUUAUUCGCUUGAAUGAAACCGAACUUUGUAAAAUAGCGGAUAGAGGAAGUAUCAUGUCAGGGACAGGGAGGAUAUUGAUAGUUGUUGAGAUUUUUUCAGAUGUGGAUGAAAAGGAUUGGACCACAUUUUAUUCAUAUGUGGCGACCAUGGAUGGAGGAAGCAAAGUGAUCAUCUUAAGUAGGCUUAACAAGAUGAAGAGAUUUGGAACUGUGAAUCCAAUCUUUCUCAAUGCCCUGACAUAUGAGGAAUUCAGCUACCUCUUCAAGGCACUCGCGUUCGGAAGUGCGAAUCCGGUGGAACACCCGCAGUUAGUACAAAUAGCAGACAGUAUAUUGAGCAGGUGCAGGAGACUAGUUGAUAGAAACCUCACCAUGUUUGGUGAGCAUCCGAAAUUACGUCUUGAAAAAGGUCUUCCGAUUGACGUGACGGACAUGGUUCUGCGUCCUGCUUCUCCACUUCAGUUCAUUUGGAAUAGCUCAAACAAUGUUCCAGCAAAGGAAUUACCACAGGUGACCUUUACGGAGAUGUUAGUGGAUCUUAGGCCGAAGAUGCAGGCCACUGUAGUGAGAUUUGAAUCAAGAAUUCCACCUUAUACUACAUUUGAUCACAUUCUUUCAAGUUAUGCUCAAGAUACUCCUCUGCCCGGGACCAAGCGUAGAGGAGUGCCUUAAUUUCAAAUCUUAGGGGUCUUGUGCAUGUGUAGUCUUAAUUGUUGUAAUAUGUUAUGAAAACCUUCCCUAUGAUCAAUGAAAGUUCUACAUCGUAUGAUUUCGUGAAAA